AUGUCCAAUUUAUUGAGUCAAUGGUUAAAACGCAAAGAUGUUGACAAUGAUCCUGACAAUAACAGCAAAAAAAUGAAAAAUGACACUACGACAAAGAUAACCGCACCGACAUCUGCAAGUUCAUCAUCACUGAAUACAGCAGUAACUAGUAUUUCAUCUGGUAGUGCCACUACCACAUUUAAUUUAGAUAUAGCAAAAUUUUUAAAAGAAUCUAACAUUAGUAUAACUGACCAUGACCGUGCUGUAUUGAUAAAAUCGAGUAAUAUACCUGAUAUUGAUUUUGUUUAUCCAUUUUCUAUACAUUCCAAAAAAGGCAAAGAAGAAAAAAGUGAUAAAGGUGGUCGAUAUAAAACUAUUCAAUUAUGCAAAUUUGUUUCUAAGCCGCUUAAAAAAUAUGCCAAGCUCCUAGGUAAAGACGGAGAUCUAGAAGUUCAUAGUAAAAACCAUUAUCAUGUAGCUUGUGUUGAAGUUGCAGAUAAUUUUAUGACUACUUUUAAUAAUCCAAAAAAGGAAGUUAUAAAUUUGAUAAAUACCGAGAGAAAAAAACAGGUUGAAGAAAACCGUAAUCGUUUGAAACCUAUKGUGGAGUCUAUUAUAUUUUUAGGUCGACAGAAUAUUCCCUUUCGGGGCCACCGUGAUMACGGUAAUUUUUUUGAAAAUGAUCUCGAAAAAAAUUCUAUAGUCAAUAAAGAAAACCAUUUGAAAACUACACAUUCUAAAGCUACAUAUAUCAGUCCUGUUGUUCAGAAUGAACUAAUUGAUUGUUGUAGUACAAUUAUAACAGAAAUAAUUUUAAAAGAAAUAAAAGAAUCAAAAUUCUAUUCCGUUAUUUUUGAUGAAACUACUGACAUUAGUCAUUMAUCUCAAAUGAGUUUAGUUAUACGAUACGUACAUAAAGCAGUUGUAAAAGAAAAUUUUAUUGCGUUUAUCGAUUGUCAUGCAUAUGUUUACAAUACAGAUACAGAAAAAAACUUAGAACCAAAAUUAAAUGGUGAAGUUUUAGGUGACGCAGUAAUUUCAUUAUUACAAAAAUUUGAUUUAGAUCUUAAAUACUGCGUGGGCAUUGGAACAGACGGCUGUUCAGUUAUGGUAUCGUUAGUGCGAGGAGCUGUGCAAAAAAUUCAAUCAUAUGCCAAAAAUGCUAUYCAUUGCCCAUGUGCAAAUCAUGCAUUGAAUCUCUCUAUCUCAAAAUCAUCAUCAGUCCAAAAUAUUAGGAACAKCGUAGGAUUAAUGAAAGAAAUAAUAGAGUUUUUCAAUUGUUCAUCUAAAAGAAAUUUUAUCUUAAAAACUGUCCUGGAUGGUCAGCCUCGCUUACAAAGUUUAUGUGAGACCMRCUGGAUAGAACGCCAUGACAGUGUUAUGAUAUUUAAAAAAUCUAUACCCUAUACGAUUGAUGCUUUAACUAAAAUUUCUGAAUGGAAURAACUUGUCUCUUCAUCUAAAGCUAAAAGUUUAUUAACAGCUAUGUGCAGUUGCGAAUUUAUAAUCGCAAUUCAAUGUUUAUCGAAUAUUUUAUGUGUGACAGCUCCAAUGAGUCGUAUUCUUCAAGGCAUAAAUAAUGAUGUGUUAUGUGCUAAAAACUCCAUGACGAAAUAA